AUGCAGAGACAUUUGCUAUUGCUUCAGGAGUACGGUGCCGCCAGCGAAAAGAACAUUGACGGGGUGAAGUCGGCUGACUGGGAACAGAAUAAAUACGCCAUCUUUGGCUGCGAAGAUGGAACAGUGUGCGAAUAUGCAGUCCCGUCUGGAGAUUUCAAACAGAUGCUUGUCAGGACCACACUUCCUAUCAGAGAUGUUGCACUCUCCCCGGACGAAGAAUGGGUAGCAGUGUCCAGCGACGAGCUUGAAAUCAAGGUCGUCAAUCGGAAUGACAUUGAGCGAAUGUUCGUCCUACGCGAUCACCCAAAACCAAUAAAACAUGUAACAUACGACCACUCUGGCAAAUAUCUAACCGCAUCCUGCACUGAUGGCGUCAUCUACGUCUACGACAUGAGUUCCGCCGAACCAAAGCUAUCCCGUACGUUCGACGGCGUUAUCCCUCGACUUGAAACGGCUGAAACAGCCACUUCCCGCUGCGUGUGGCACCCUGACGGAAGGGCUUUUGCUUGUGCAACAGCAACAAGAGAUAUUCAGGUCGUCUCAGUCGAGGACGGCGCACACCAACGGACGUUCUCGGGAGAGCACAAUGCGGAGAUAACAGCACUGGCAUGGUCACCGAAUGGUGCCUUGUUAGCCUCGGCAGACGCAGAGUAUCUCAUCAUCUGGGACGCUAAAACACAGAAGCCCUUGAAGCGGUUCAAUUACACAAACAUCCUCAAUGUAGCGUGGCAGAAUCACAGCGAGAACAUCUUCAAUUGGACGACUUCGAACGGUGAAGUCUUCAUCAUUCCGGAGUUUCUCAAAGACGAAGCCCACGUCAAGUUGCUCAAAGGACCCAAAGUCGGCGCUCCCUUUUUCCACGAUCCGCUGCUUGAAAGAGCUGCAGUCGUGAAUGGCCGGAAACCACUCGUCAAUGGUCACGCAAAGCGGGCAACUACUCCUGACAGUCUCGACGAGCUUCUUGGACCGGAAGAAGAAUACGAUUGGAUAGAAGAUGACGAUGGUGCAGGGUAUAUCAAUGAAAACGGCAAGAGGACCAAUGGACAUCUUGGAGACAUAACACACCCUUUGCCAAAGCGCAACAAGCAGGACUCCUGGCAACCGCAGGUCCAUGAGCCAUUUCAACCAGGAGCAACCCCUUGGAAAGGCAACCGCAAAUACCUGUGUCUCAAUUUGAUUGGGUUUGUCUGGACCGUGGACCAGGACACUCAUCAUACGGUGACGGUGGAAUUCUAUGACCGCGAGAUGUACCGAGAUUUCCAUUUUACUGACGCCUUCCUCUACGACAAAGCAUGCUUGAACGAAAAUGGGACACUGUUCUCCAGUCCUCCGCGGGACGGCCAACCCGCAGUAAUCUUCUACCGACCCCACGAAACCUGGACCACGCGGUCCGAGAUGCGCAUCAACUUGCCUGAUGGCGAGGAAGCAAUCUGCAUCGCUCUCAGCAGCAGAUACAUCGUGGCUGUCACCAACAAGAACUACGUACGGGUAUGGACUUUGUUUGGGACACCCGUUCGGAUUUGGCGUAUGAAGAGUACUCCUGCUGUCACAUGUGCCGCAUGGGGUGAUUAUGUUAUGACAGUUGGGAAUGGCCCUGUCGGUGCCGAUGGGUGCACCCAGCUUAACUACAGCAUUGACAACGUGCGCCGAGACGAGAGUUGUCAAAACGAAGAUGUCCUCGCGUUGGGCACCGUCCCAUCGGACUCUGACGACGAGGAUGUGAGCUUAAAGAACCUCUUCUGGAGCGAUUCAGGAGACCCGUGUAUCUACGACAGCAAUGGUGUGCUCUUGACACUUAUGCACUGGCGUAGUCUGGGGCAGGCCAAAUGGGUGCCACUGCUUGACACGAGGUCGCUUGACCGGUUAAAAGAUGGGAAGAAAGAAGAGACGUACUGGCCCGUUGCCGUGGCCGACCAAAGAUUCCACUGCAUCAUCCUCAAAGGCGGAGACAAGACUCCAUACUUUCCUCGGCCUCUACUCACAGAGUUCGACUUUAACUUGCCGGUCUGUCGGGCAGUGGAGAACAGCAAGGAUGUCGAGGGAGAAGAAAGGGAAGAAUCCAAUGCCGCAGCGGCUGCGAGGUUGGAAGAAGCAUUUGUGCGCAGCUCUGUGAUAUUGGGGUUACUUGAUGAUCAUGUUCAGAGUCUGGAACAGAAAGCCAGCCACUCGCAGAAGACGGAGGUUAUGAGGCGAGAGGUCGAAGUGGACAAGAUCUUACUGCAGCUUUUGGCGGUGGAGUGUCGCGAGGGCGAGGAGAGGGGCAUGAAGGCACUCGAGAUUGUCGGGCUGUUCAAGGACCGCAGCGGCAAGAUGCUCGAGGCUGCAGCGAAGGUUGCCGGACGAUGGGGGCGGACGGUACUGGAAGAGAAGAUCAGGGAGGUGGCGGAGCGAAGGUUGAUGGGGAUCGAGGAAGAUUAG